AAAAGAGGAAAACAAAAGGUCCUUUUCUCCCUGUGUUGCUCGGUCUCUUCGGAAAUGUCGACGGGUGCGUGUGAGAUUUUCCAAACGUAGUGCAUUUUUGGAGAAUCCGACACGGGUGCAUCACCAUUUAUCCUCUCUAUCUCGCAAGGUAGCGGUAAGACUUGAACAAAUCAUUCUCGAUUACAUGUUUAAAAGAGGUUUCCAUCAGACUGGCGCGGUAUUCUUCUGCGAACUGUUUACCAAUCAAAAUCAUGAUGCCAUCGAUUCUCCUCAUGAAGCAUUUCUGCAAGCGUGUUGGGGUAAAUUUUAUGAAGCAUACAACUUUAUCUUCCCUGACGUUCCUUUAUUUGCUGCCGAAUCCUUUGAUAAGGUCGAACAGACUCUGGAAAAUGUUGUGGCUGAUAGCGGUCCCGCAAAUCAAUUCUAUGCUUCUGAUCAUACGGGAGCAAACAUCUCUAAUGUGAUGCCGUCACCUCAUUUGACGGCAUCCUCUGCUGUGAUGGAAUCUAGCGGCCCUGAUCAUAUGGACGCUAGAUUUUUAGACUUGUUGUCAUCUUUUGAUGCCUUUUAUGCUUUACCGGAUUUAUCAGACUUACAGCUUCCUGGCGAUCAAAUGCAGCAAAUGCCAACUAUUCCUCCAGAGUGGAAUGCAAGAGAUGACAUACCUGGCAUAAACUGGGGAGAACCUACUCGAAUGGAACCAAAUAAUCAUGCCCCUGCUAAUGUUUUGCCUGCUUCACCAGAAUUUUCUGAUGCGGGGAACAGCAGAUCUCUCCAACAAGCAUCUCAUCAAGGAUGGCCAUCUGUUGAUGUUUUGCCAAAUGUUGCAGUUCAAACAUUGGAUCCUGCCUCUGCAAGUUCUGGUGAUUUCUUUUGUAUGCUCACUCAAGCUAACUCGAGUGGAAAAGAUGCAGGCAUGCUUGGUGAUACAAGAAGAACUCCGGAGAAUCUACCAGCUGACCAGCAAAUAAUUGCUUCUAUGGGAGGAGUUAUGAGAAAUUCUGGAAAGCAACCUGCAGUGCAGAGUGGCAGAAAGAGGAAAACUCUAUCGAGUUCUCUGGCACCUGUUGGGAGAGAGAAAGCUACUGCCGUUGGUCUGGUUGAUGCAUUGACGGAAAGUUUUGCUGCGCCUGCACACACUCAAGCUGAACGGGAAGUCAUCUCUUUCAAAGAGAUUAAUAACCUUCAAACAAAGAGUAAGCUCCUAUGUUGCCACUUCAACUCACAAGGAGAUUUGUUGGCUACUGCUGGAGAAGAUGGGAAGGUUCUGAUUUGGGACUUGGGAAAUGGCAAUGUUAAUUCUGGAGAAGGUCAUGCUCACUUUGUUACAGAUAUCCGUUUUAGACCAAACUCAACGGUGUUUGCAACAUCUUCCUUUGACAGAACUGUGAUGAUAUGGGAUGCAGCCAAGCCAAGCAACCCUUUCCAAAACCUUGUCGAGCAUACUGGGCAUGUGAUGUCAAUAGAUUUUCAUCCAACAAAUGUGGGUCUCCUCAGUUCUUGUGAUAGCAAUGAUGAUAUUAGACUGUGGGAUGUCAGUACGGGCGAUUUCAAACUCAUUUUAAAGCUCUUGGUACAGAUGCAGGGAGGUGGUAAACAAGUUAGAUUUCAACCUCAACUUGGGGACACUUUGGCAGUUUCGAGCAGAAAUAUUAUAAAUAUCUUUGAUGUCGAAACUAACAAUAUCCAAAAAAAGUUACAAGGACACGUCAAAGACGUCCAUUCAAUCUGCUGGGAUAUGAGUGGAAAUUUCAUGGCAUCCGUUUGUGAGGAUAGUGCACGGAUAUGGUCUGUUAGUGAAGGAAAGUGUAUACAUGAACUGCGCUCCAGUGGCAAUAAGUUCCAGUCGUGCACUUUCCACCCUCGGUACGGUCAAGUGUUGGUGAUUGGUUCGGAUAAGUUUCUGGAGUUGUGGAAUCCAAUCUCCCAGAGCAACAUAACUUGGCCAUGCAGUGCACCUGAUGGUAUAAUUUCUUCAUUAGCAGAUUCACCUCCGAAUGGAACCAUAGCUUCAGUGAGUCAUGACCAGUGGAUCAAGAUAUGGCAAUGACGUUUCUUUGUUGAUCAAGAAACAACAAUCAUUUUUUCUUCUUCUUUCUCUUGUUCAAAUUACAUCAAUAUCUGAAUGAAACCUUUCGCUAACAACUAACAAAGGUGCAUUAGAGACCAAGGAAGGUGACAAUAUUCUUGGCGAAUCACAUGUAAUGAGUUAUCCGAAAGGCUGUAUCAGUCACAAACUUUGACCAUUGUUUGAAACUCAUCUGUUCUAUUU